GCCAUCUCUCACCAGCAUCAAAACAUAGCAAGAUCUCAUCUGAUAAACAGGACCUCAGUCAAAGAACUUCAAAUUUCGCAAAGAGAAAGAGAGUAUUUUGCACAAAAAUGAAGACUCUUAUCGUUUUAACGCUCCUCAUUGCCACAGUCUUCUGCCUACCUGUCAAGCGCUCAGCUAGCAGUUCAGAGAGCUCAGAAGAACUUGUUGCUGUUCAACGGCCACCUCCUAUUCUCCAAAAAGCUGCUGCUAAUAUGUUUGAGGCAGAACCUACACAGACCACACCAGCAGAUUCUAAUGAAAGCACAGACAGUGCAGAUGACACUGAGGAGGCAGAUGAGGAAUCUGAAACAGAUGAGAACAAAGAGGAGAAUGGGACUGAUUCCAGUGAAAGUGAAUCUGGAGAAACUGAGACCACCGCAGUCCCAUCCACAGUAGAGCCCUCACUGGACCCCAUCAUCAACACAGGCCGAGGAGACAGCAUGGGCUACCCUAGCGACUACAAAAAAACCAUCGUCUAUGUGGACGCAAACAACUUUGAAAAACUACCUUCUCCAUACAAGUCCUACAGCAAUGAAAAGUUGGGCGGUUUGACAUUUGUGAGCAAGAAGACGUCUGCUUAUGAUGAUCAGAGCAUCAAUGAUGUGGAGAAAGAGAUUAAACUGUACAAGGCUCUACAGGUGCAUGAUACUCCUCUGGAGGAGGAGGACACCAGCACCCCAGAGGUGGAAAACAUGGAGCCAAGCGACCGCCAGGUUGCUCUGGGAAGCCAAGAGAUCGUUCCCGCCGGGAACCAAGAGUCAGACAGCGAGGGGGCGAGUGCUGGUGACGCUCCCGCUGACAGCGCAAGUGCCAGUGCCAGCCAGGAGGAAAAUGAAGAGGAGUCAGAUAGCAGCCCGAGCAGCGAGGAUACCACAGCCACGCCUGGAGCUGCAGACAGCGAUGAAGACUCCUCACAGAGCACAGAAAGCCAGGAGAGCGAUUCGGAUGAGGAGACCACCCAGACCACCGAGGCUUCCAUCACAAUCGCAAAGUAAACACAGUCAAGCACAAACCCUCAACGGGCUGUCGACACAAACGAAUGCAAAUGUAUUAAUUGUAUGGUGCUUGGUGACUCACUCCACCUGAUGUUAGUGUGAGUUAGACAACAAACGGCAGAGCACAACGAGUUCUUGAACUGCUGCCAAACCUGUUAAGAUGCAGUUUCAUCUCAACAAUGUCUUCCUGUUCAUUGCACAAUUAUUUGCAAACUUAAUGUAAAUGUAAUUUUAUACUGCUCAAUGUAAUGAAUGAUCAUUUAUGAAUAAAUGUUAUCCUAUAUCA